AUGUCGUGGCGAAUUCCUGUGACCGUUUUGGCUCGGAUUACCAGUACGAUAUCAUGGUUAUACAUGAGCUACAGUGACAAGGCUUCGAUAGAGCAGGAUGUGGAGAGUGGCCAAAGAACCUCUUCCACUAUUGAAGAGGUGGACCAUGAAAGACCCAAAGAGCAGACGCAUGAACCCCAAACUCCAAUAUGUAUCAUCGGAGCUGAAACUUCAAGCAAUCUAACGGAAAUAACUGGGGCUGGUCGGGAUAUUCCUGAUUUCGGAAUUUUGCAGUUAGACACAUACGACAGCGAGCGAGCUGAUUCUCGCAGAGGCGUUAUCUCAGGAGGGAGUACAGGCUUGAUAUAUCUCCUACCUUCUGGGUAUGUGAGAAAGACAGCCUACCCAGAUUCAACAAGAAAGCAGAGUCUUCGAGAUAUCGAGCACGAGUACAAAAUCUAUCAGAGGCUUCCGCGGCAUGACCUUCUCCUGGAAAUGGUGGGCUACUCCAUGGAACACGGGCUCAUUCUCGAAUACAUGCCAAACGGCAACCUAAGGGAAUAUUUACAGACAAAAGCUGCGGACGUGAGCCUCGACCAGCGACUUCAAUGGGCUUGUGAUGCUGCUGAAGCAUUACACCUUGUACAUUCCCACAAUAUUAUUCACUGCGACGUGAAGCCUGAGAAUUUUCUAUUAGAUUCCAGACUCCGGUUGCGGAUUAUAGACUUUUCGGGCUCGUCCAUUGACGGGUCGUAUUUCUCGGCGGUUGAGAGCGCCAGAUUCUGCCUUCCACGUCCUUGGGAGGCACCCUCAUCGAUAGUGACAGACGUGUUCGCCUUGGGGUCAACUAUCUACGAGAUUAUGACCGGCACGCAACCAUAUGCGCAUUGUACAGAUGAGGAGGUAGAGGCCUUAUUUGGGGAAGGGACAUUCCCACCAGUGGACAUGAUACCCUGCGGAGAAGUGAUCAAGAGAUGUUGGCACAGCGAGGUUCAUUCAGCCAAGGAGAUAUGGCUAUCAAUCAAGGCUGAAGUACAGAAGUUAAAAGAUACGACUGGCGAGGCUUCAGCCCAGCUCAGUCACUGA